UUCCUGCUUCUCGGUUUGUUUCCGGCAGCAGGAAGUCAUUAAUCCAAGACACAAAUGUGCAGGCAGAACCAUUAGUUACCGCAGUUGGAUAUUAUAAUAUAAUUUACGAUGUCCUUCUUUCAUAAAUGCUGUCCUAUAUAAUCCAUGGAACAACCCUGAGAAAUUAUCCUCAUUUUACAGAAGAGGCAGCUGCAGCUGCUAUGGCUUCGGAGCAAGUAAGAAACAGAUCUAGCCCCUUGGGCCCAGUUUCUGGACUUCACGGACUGCUAGUUUCAUUUCCCCACGGUUUCAGAAACUCAUCUGGGUAACAGUCAUUAGCUGGUGCUGGGUCCUUUUAAAUUACUCCUCCUUUGCAAUGCAGCCUUGCUGGAUAUAAUCAGCAUGAAAUCUUCACGCAGAUUGCCCCCAGCAUCUCCCCAGCUCUUCCUUGGUCUGAAGGCAGAGUGACUUUGCUCAGUUCUAGGUUCUGCCAUAUCAUCCAUGAGUGGGGUCAGGAGACCUCCCUCAAAGAACAUGUUGGGAAAGGGGCCUAUUGCAGGGCUUGGUUCCUAGGAGGGGUUUUAUUGAUAUUAGCAUUCAUUCUUCCCUUUCUUCCAUUAAGUUUCCACCCUUCUCACCUGCCUCUCCUUCCUUUAUUCCUAUUCGCCACCCCUACCACUGCUUUAGAUCAUGGGGAACCUCCUGGUUGGGCUUAGCUCAGCUCCAAAAAUAGGAUGGACAUCUUAGGGCCCGCUUCCUUUUUAGCUCAGAGAUGAUGAAGCCAGAUACAAGGCAGCUCUUAUUUUUCAAUGGAGUGAAGAUUAAGUGGCUGCAGAGAAGCCACCAGCCUGGGGAGUAUGGGUUCUUACCUUGCCUUGUCUUCUGUCUUGUUGUGUGGCUUUGGGCACACCCCUCAAUGUCUCUGAACCUCAAGGUCCCUUUGGGUAAUUGGGAACUAUCUUUCAGAGAUGGGAUGAAAGGGUUAAUACCCUCACGAUGAAACAGACAAGCCCACCAGGCUAAUAAGGAGGGGGAGAAGAGGCAGCAGCUUAAGGAGGCCAAAGGCACAGAAAGCUCGGCCAGCUCCUGUCUGCCUCCCUUGCCAAGCGGCCUGUCCCUGGGGCCUGAUUUCUCUCUUUCUCCCUGCAACGCUGACUUGGCAUUGCUUGCUCUGAAAGAAGUCAGUAGGGGCAGAGCUGGAAUGACCCGAGUGUGGACAAAGGGAGAAAAGUAGGGGCACAGAAAAGGGGCCCCCUGACCCUGUUCCUGUCUAUGGCAGCGUCAGUCUUCCCUGGAGUCCAAGGCCCUGGCUUCCCAUGAUCUCAUAUGAAAACCUAGAGCCAGAGAGGCUGCUGUUGCUAGGUGAUGAGAUAAACAGGUCCUCUGAGACUUGGGCAGGUGGCAGCUAGGUUGCUGAGGCCAGUGACAAGCAGUGGGGAAAACCCAAGGGAGGGGGUGGGGAAAGUUCUUUGGGUGAGCCAAGAGACCCAGAGGCGCUUGCAGUCAGCUUGCAGAGUGUGGCCCGGCCACAAUGCUCAGGGAGCUCCUCUGAGGGAGCCUCACUCUGCUCUCUGACCCUGGAACCUACAUCCCUCCCCCAAACCAACUGCAAGCAGCUGUGUCCUCUCCACUUGCAGCUGGAAUAGGCAGCUGGAUGCCUUUGCUCUGCUGGAAGCCGGGCUCUCUCUCUUGGAUGUCUCAGCCAUGACAGAGACUUCUCACACUGGAGCAGUGGCAUGGGAUAUUUACUAUGAAUAAGAGGUCCCACGCCCCCCGGGUUAUAACCCUUCUACAGGAUGGCAGGGGGCUUGAAGAUUUUCUCAGUCGCGCACUCUGGCUUCUGCAGACCCUAAUGCUGUAUGGGAGACGGUGUUUCACCAUGUUGCCCAGGCUGAUCUCAGACUCCUAGCCACAAGUGAUCCUCCCAUCUCAGCCGCCCAAAGUGCUAGGAUUACUGGCGUGGGCCACUGUGCCUGGCCAAUGCUGGGUUCUUCUCCUCGCCUCCCCUCAGGUGGUGAAGACUCCAUCAACACCUUGGGCCUGAUCCUUGGCGUGGGGCUGUCACUGCUGCUCGUGUCCAUCCUCGGCUACAGCCUAGCCAAGUGGUACCAGCGUGGGUACUGCUGGGAGGGGCCUAAUUUUGUCUUCAACUUAUAUCAAAUCAGGAACCCGAAGGAUCUGGAGAUAGGUCCACCCUUCACCAUCAGUGGUCACAUCAGCAGCCCAGAUGGUGGCUACGUGAAGUUCUCCAACAGGCUAGUCUGAUGCAGGGGCAGCAGCUUAUGGAGCCCUGGAGAGGUGA